UCGCAUACGGAAUUGACCACAUGGUAAAGAGAGAACGACGCGACAACUCAAUAACGUGUUAAACAAAGAUCAAGCUGCGGUGUUUUUCAUUGAAAGAGACGAGUAAACAAUUCCAGCCUAUAGAAAAACAAGAGCAUCAACCCAAGUCGAGGUUAUUCGAAGUGAAAUUCUAGUGUAGACGGAGCUAAAAUUGUUGUUUUAUUGUGUUUAUUUAAUUAAUUUAAGCUUGGACUAGUAUUAAUUAAAGAUGAGUGUAGUGCAAAAUAUUAUGUUGCUAAAAAUUGCAAAUAAAUUGACAUACGAGGAGCUUCUGAAUUUUAAAGCAGCCGGGCGUCCGAAACCAACUAUGCCAAUCAAACAGACUACGUUGGACAAAACUAGAGAAGUGAAUCGAUAUUUUAGUGCUUCGAUGUACAAUGUUUCUGAAUGGAUUUGUGGGUGUGAAGUACAAAAAGCAUUUUUUUGUUUUCCGUGUCUGCUCUUCGGUGAUGAUUAUUCGUGGACCAAAGCUGGUGUAGUUGACUUAAAGCAUUUGAAAGAAAAAUCUCAGAAGCAUUCUCUUUUGUCAGCUCACAUAAAUAGUUGUUGUAGCUUAGCAAUGUUGGGAUCAGUUGUCAUCAAGUUGCUAUCAGACAACGAGUAUAACCAAGGAUUUAAAACAUACAAUGAGAACGUUUCAAAAAAUAGAUUCGUUUUGAAUAAGAUGAUCGACUGUAUAUUAUUUUGUGGUGCAUUUGAACUUGAUAGGCGUGAUAAACAGAAUAGAAGAGAACCUUCAGACAGUCAGACAAUAUUUGGAGGUUUAAUAGAUUUUGUAUCUGAAGUAGAUAUAAUUUUUAAAGAGAAUUUUAAAAAUAGCGCAAUUUUUAAAGAUUCUUCAAAUGAUAUUAAAAAUGGUCUUUUGGAUUCGAUAUUAGCUGUUAUUCAGGGAGAAAUUAGAUCCGAAAUUCUACAGGCUGACUUCGUUGCCAUACAAGCAGAUACAAUAACUGACAACAACAAGGUAGCAAUUAUUUUGCGGUACGUUAAGGACGAUGUUGUAUGUGAGCGCUUUUAUACACUUAUACAGUCUAAAGGAAUUGAUAUAGAAUAUUUAUCAGCCGUGAUUUUACAAGAAUUACAACAAAUGAAACUUAAUGAACAUCCAGAAAAAUUAGUAGGUCAGAGUUAUGAUGCCGCAUCUGUCAGGAGCGGAGGAAUGGGGGGCGUCCAAGCCAAAAUUAAAAGUUUCUGUUACACUUCUGCGCACUUUAUACAUUCUUACGCACAUCCACUAAAUUUAAUAUUGCAAAAAGCGGCAAGUCAGGAUAGAGCAGUCAAAGUAUUUUUCGCCAAUUUAGAGAGUUUUUCUUCAUUUUUCGGAAAGUCUCCGGAAAGAACGGCCGUUUUAGACGAAAUUGUAAAAAUCGGCUUAAUAAAAGAAGUACCAACGUACUGGGAUUUCAACACAAAAGUCAUAGAGACAGUCUAUACGAACAAAAGCGAAUUAAUAGAUUGCAUAGACAAAAUUAUCGACAGUGAAACAAACAACAGCUCUAUAAACCAGGCUAUGAGUUUGAAGAAUUACUUAGAAGAUGAGAAUUUUUUGUAUUGGUUGAAUUUUUUUCAUGCGGUGAUGCCACAUUGUGAUGUUUUAUUUGAUGUUUUGCAAAAGCGCGACCUCGACAUCGUAACAAUAGAUAAAUGUAUAAUGAAUUUUAGGAAUAAAAUACAGGCAAUCAAAUGUAACAUCAUGACCAAUUGUGAAGUCUGUGAACUUGAGAACUCGUUAAAAAGAAGGAAAAUCGAAGAUUCAAAACGGCGGAUUUCACUUGAAGUUUGUAACAUAAUUAUUUGCGAAAUCGAACACAGAUUUGGACGCAGCAACUAUUUGAUACUCUCCCAAUUGUUUUACUCAGAUAAGUUUAUAUGCUAUAGACAAGAUUUUCCUGAAAAUAUUUUCAAGUUAGUGAAAACGGAAUAUCCUGUUAUAAAUCAUUCAAAACUUAAGACCGAGUUGGAAGUUGUGUAUAGCAGAGAAGAUUUUAACAACUACGAAGGUGCAACUUCGUUUCUACAGUUUUUUAUUAAUCAUAAUUCGUGGGGUGCUUUUUCCGAAAGCGUAAAACUGUUGAAAAUUUUGUGUGCGAUUCCUAUGAAGACCGACGAGACCGGCCGUUGUUUUUUGACAUCACAAAGAAUAAAAACGUUUUUCGGAAAGACGAUGAGUCAAGAACGAAUGUGCGCGUGGGCUAUGCUAAGCAUAGAAAAAAACUUCGUAAAAAACAUUAAGGACUUCAACGAAAAAGUUAUCGAUCAUUUAGCAUCCCAAAACACUAGUGGGAUCGACCUGGUGUACAAAACUCACUAAUGUAAGUAAGCUUUUUUAACUGCCAUAGUUAACGGGUGCUACUAUAGUAGGCUUUCUACCCCGAGGGGACAGUCAAUCUGCGCAUAUUGCUCUAUUAAAUUACUUAAUACACUGCACAGUGGUUCCAAAUGCUGAAAACGUGGUCAUGAGGCGAAAAAAGGCGUCCCUAUUUAGGGAUUUUCAUGUUUACAGUUGUUUUCUCAUACUAUCGUAGAGUCCUAAUACGCAAGUAUGAGCAUCAGAUUGGAUGUAUUCUGGUUCACAACUCACGAAGAACAAGUGGGUCAUGCCCGGGGAUAUUUUGUUCGGCAGAGAAAGUGAAAAACAACAGGUAUAUUGAAAACGCUGUAAAACUUUUUGUAGUUUAUCAAUUUUAUCGCUGUAAAGCAGAUUCUUUCUAUUAAGUAUGUAGUAAUGUAAGAUGUAACUUAAAUCGACAUUUAUUAACAAUAAAUGCCUUAAAUUUGUUAAUGCAUAAAUAGUGAAAAUAUACUUGAAACAAUUAAAAUUUUGUAAAGAUGCAUUGAAAAAGUACAAAAUUCUGCAUAAUUCUGCGACUAAUGUUUAUUAAUCUUAAAACAUAUGGUAAGAAGAUACAAAAUCACUUUGGUUUAGCUGCCUAUAACUGCCUAUGCAUUGCUAGCAGUUGUUUGAAUACAAAAGUGGGAAAUGAGGCAUAUUACAUGAUUCUGGCGAUUGUUGAGUAUGUAUGGGCAGUUGUACAUUAGUAAUAGGUUCUGAAUAUUGUACUUCAUAAAGAAAAUGUAUUGGUAAUCAGCAGUUUCAAAAGUCCCAUAUAAUAGGUUUGUUCGUAGUACGAUCCAAUCGAUCAGCAACCGUUGCCAACCAUCAGACGCAUGCGCAGUUAACAGUUAGCGCUGCGCAGUUAACAGUUCGAGUUCGUAGACUACGAACGCGCUUGCGUCUGACGGUUGGCAACGGUUGCUGAUCGUUCUACGAACAAACCUAAUAUAAAAUUUUAAACAAAAAUGCGACCAAAAUAAAAUUUUCGAAUUUUUUUCGUCCAUAUUGGAUCCGCCAUUUUGUUAAAAAAAGACGUAAAGUUAGAUUUGUAAUCAGCGACCUUAACCUACCAAAUUUGAUAAAAAAUUUUCCUUUUUGAUUGAUAUUUUCAAUUUCUUUCCGCCAUGUUGGAUCCGCCAUUUUGUUUUUCAGAAAAAAUAAUGCCAGAUUCGUAAUCAGCGAUGCCAAAAACCCUUAAGAACGAAAGUAAUUCCAAAAUGUAUAAACAAUAUACGCUUUUAAAGGUUCAUGACCACGUUUUCGGCAUUUGGAACUACUGUGCACUGUGACGUGCCAAGAACACCUUAUUCUUCUUCUUAAAGUGCCUUGCAUUUCUGCCUAUGCAUCCACCGUACAUUGUCUUGUCUGGUGAGAUGUUAGAUAUUCAGGAUUAAAUAUUUCUGUUUUUAGCAGCAUUGCCAAGCAUUUCAUAGCUGUGGAUUCCUGUCCAUUGCCGAAUAUUACGCAGCCAUGAUAUCUUUCUACGUCCCAGGCCUCUCUUACCCUCUAUCCUUCCUUCGAGUAUUAGUUGCUGAAAAGUGUAUCGUUCUCCUCGUAAUAUAUGCCCGAAGUAAUACCUAAUAACAUAGAACACCUAAUAACAUAUUGUUAUUGAUACAAAAAAAGAAUGUGUCUUUGUACGCACGUAAGAAGUUAUACUUCUAUUAAAUUUUUUCAACGAAAUAAAUAUACUUAACAGUUACAAUACAAGAAAUUGACAAUGAUUACCAAAAAUUAACCAAAACUUAACAAUGCCAAAAAAAAAAAGAAAAAAGUAUGAAUCGUCCGGGAUUUGAACCCGCAAUCUUGCGAUUUCUCGAUCUCUGGUCCAAUGCUCUACCAACCAGGCCAUCAAGGCGCAUGUUAAUGACGUUUCAGAUAUACAUAAUUACGCAUCAUGGUGACAAGUGAAAUAUAAAAAUAGAUGUUUUAUUAUUUUACGCCCAAGGAAGACAAAUCCAAAGACACAAAAUUAUAAUAAAAUACCUUUUAAACCACCUUUUUCAAAUUGCGCAAGUUGUAUUAUUAAUAUUAAUGUUAAUAAAUGAAAUAUAAAUAUUUUGACGUUUCACAAUUUGACAAUUCACUUUUAACUGCAGUGCCUUAAAAAUUUUAAAGCACUAGUGCCUUAAAGUAGCAUUUUUAACGCCCCUAUGGAGUGCUAAAAAUUGCAUUUUUAACACGUUUGUAGAAAAAUAUAUUUAAAAACACUAAUAUAUUCUUUCCACACCUUUUCUGGACUGAUACAUACAUAAAUUAAAACAUUUAGUAACUAACUCCAUACUGCCCGUGUGCUCAUGCGCGCAGAUUAAUAAAAUUUCACCCUCAAUGAAAUCGCGCCUAAAGAAGUAUAACUUCAAAAAGUGACUUCACUGAAUCACAAAACUUCAUUUUUCGGAAAGUAUCCAGAAAGAACAGCCAUUUUAGACGAAAUUGUAAAAAUCGGCUUAAUAAAAGAAGUGCCAACAUGCUGGGAUUUCAACACAAAAGUCAUAGAGACAGUCUAUACUUACAAAAGCGAAUUAAUAGAUUGCACAGACAAAAUUAUCGACAGUGAAACAAACAACAGCUCUAUAAACCAGGCUAUGAGUUUGAAGAAUUACUGAGAAGAUGAGAAUUUUUUGUAUUGGUUAAAUUUUUUUCAUGCGGUGAUGCCACAUUGUGAUGUUUUAUUUGAUAUGUUGCAAAAACGCGACCUCGACCUCAUAACAAUAGAUAAAUGUAUAAUGAAUUUUAGGAGUAAAAUACAGGCAAUCAAAUGUAACAUCAUGACCAAUUGUGAAGACUGUGACCUUGAGAACUCGUUAAAAAGAAGGAAAAUCGAAGAUUCAAAACGGCGGAUUUCACUUAAAGUUUGUAACAUAAUUAUUUGCGAAAUCGAACACAGAUUUGGACGCAGCAACUAUUUGAUACUCUCCCAAUUAUUUUACUCAGAUAAGGUUAUAAGUAUGCUAUAGACAAGAUUUUCCUGAAAAUAUUUUCAAGUUAGUGAAAACGGAAUAUCCUGUUAUAAAUCAUUCAAAACUUAAGACCGAGUUGGAAGUUGUAUAUAGCAGAGAAGAUUUUAACAACUACGAAGGUGCAACUUCGUUUCUACAGUUUUUUAUUAAUCAUAAUUCGUGGGGUGCUUUUUCCGAAAGCGUAAAACUGUUGAAAAUUUUGUGUGCGAUUCCUAUGAAGACCGACGAGACCGGCCGUUGUUUUUCGACAUCACAAAGAAUAAAAACGUUUUUCGGAAACAGGAUGAGUCAAGAACGAAUGUGCGCGUGGGCUAUGCUAAGCAUAGAAAAAAACUUCGUAAAAAACAUUAAGGACUUCAACGAAAAAGUUAUCCAUCAUUUAGCAUCCCAAAACACUAGUGGGAUCGACCUGGUGUACAAAACUCACUAAUGUAAGUAUGUAUUAAGUGCUUUUAAGUGCACUAAUGUAAGUAUGCUUUUUUGAAGUUAUACUUUAGGCGCGAUUGAGUGUGAAUUUUUAUUAUUCUGCGCGUAUGCGCACACAGACAGGGCCGCGCCGUCCACGUGUGCAACGUGUGCGGCGCACACAGGCGCCAGCAAUUAAGGAGCGCCACUAGAGUUGUUACAAAAAUUUUACGCAGGUCAAAACAACACUUACCCAUUUAACCACCCUGCAUAUCUCAACUUUAAAGGUAGGUACGUUACGUAUUGAUUUAUACAAUCUACAUAAACAAGAAAAAUCCUGUAAAGACAUGCAGCCACCGGUCCAGCAGAAUUUAUGCUUUAAAGCCAUUAUACAAAAAUUUGAUAGAAAUGUAUGAUGCUUUAUGUAGUAAGUACCUAUAACACAUUCGGAUAAAUUUGAUCUUGAUUAAAAAUAUCAAGCUAGAUAUUUAGAAGAUAAAAUAUCAACAUUUACAUUCAUAUGCUCGGUCCACAUAUACCUAGGUAUAGUGUGAAGUUCUGAUGAAAGUUAACUUCGUUAGCAAAAUUUUACAAUUAAAAACAAUGAAUAUGCAGCCUGCCUUAAAUGCUUUACAAGAGUUAAGGACGUAGGCGCAAAAUUUCGCGGCAAUGUGUUUUAAAUUCAUUCUUUUUUUUUUCAAAUUCUUAGAAAACUAAUAGGUAUUUUUGAAAAAUUUAAACCUAGAAUGAAAGAUUGCAUUAUUAUCGAGGGCCGAAAGUCCUUAAAAACUUCUAUAAUGUUUAUUUUAAUAAGUUACAUGGGUGAAAAAAAAAAUUAGUGUGAUUUUUAAUUUCAAAGAUUUCAGUCAAAUGAAACUUUUGGUUGUUCUAAGGGACUUUCUGCCCUCAGUAAUAAUGUAAUCUUUCGUUCUGCAUUUUAAAUUUUUCAAAAAUACUUAUUAGUUUUCUCAAGAGUCGAUAAAAUGAAUUCAUUUAAAACACAUUGGGCGAAAUUUUGCGCCUACGCCAUUAAAACAAUUCUUCCUCUAGUUUCGGAUAGAUAGCAAAUUUAAUGAUGUUAUUACUACAGUAAAUGAAACUUCAGAGAAACUGGAUGUGGAGCCCAGUUUUCAAUCAGACACACAGUUCGGUGUCGGAAUAAAAGCAAACAGUUCGAUUACGAACAUAAAGACGAACUGAUUUUGGAUCCCAAAAUGUCAUACAAAAUUUAUUUUAUUGUGUUCUCGACCAAGCAUUAAUUUCAGUAAAUGUAAGAUUUUCCAUAUUGGAAAAUCAUGUUGACUCUUUCAAAUUUUUAUAUAAUUUUUUGCACGAUUGAUCAUUUUUGACUGCUUACCGUGACAGAUUUUACGUCAGUAGGUGACAUUUACUAGCAACUCGACGGUAAGUAAUCCAACUCGACGGUAAGUACUCCAACUCGACGGUAAGUACUCCAACUCGACGGUAAGUAAUUCACUUACCGUCGAGUUAAAAAAUCUCUUAAUUUUAAUUUAUUUUUGAAAGAAUAAAGAAAACUAACGAAUUAUUUAUUAAUAUUGAAACUUAUGGUACAAUUUGUUUGCGGAACACCCUUCUUCCCAAGCCCGUUCAAUUUCUUCAAAUUCACUUUCGCUCAUAUUUUAAUUUAUAAUAAUCAAAAUUGUACUUAAAAUUAUUGACAACUAAAUAAAAACUCAAUUCUCCAUUGUUGUUAUGCACCCUAGUUACUACCUAACAACCAAAGUUUCUAUCUUGAUAAAAUGAAUGAAACUAGUCAAUAUGACGAAAAUGUUUAAUUUUAUAAUUUAUAAUGGUAUCAAUCGUGCAAAAAAACGUUAUAAGCAUGUCGAACGUUAAGGAUAACCGAUCUCAGACAAUAAUUGAAGUCGUCGCUCCGCUCCUCCUCCAAACAAUUGUCUUCGAUCGGUAUAAAACCCUUACCGUUCUCCAUACUUAAUAUACUAUAAACGACAGUACAGAACACUCACAAUUAAAACUUU